GAAGCACUGGAGUUGGCUCAAAGAAAAAUGCUGCGCCAUAUUGUUUUAUACUCCGGCACAAUGGACUUUGAGGCAUAUCCAAGGCUGAUCAUGAUUGAUCUUAAUACAAACAGCUAUGGCUUGAAAACUGAAAUACACCAUGAGAAAGACAUUAAAAAUAAGAAUAAUAUUGACCAAACCAAUAGUGACAGUGAGACUGAAGAAAGAUGUAGUAAAUACUGCUUCAGACUGUUGUGUGAAUCUGAACAAGAAGAAUUCUUGAGAAGUGUGUCGCCAUACACAGCCAGAAUCUUGGCCAUUCUGAAACACUGUAAGAUAAAUCUCCCUGUACUAACAAGCCCAGAAGGGGAGCAGCUUUGCAGGCAGAUAGAAGAGUGGUGCCCUAGAGCUUCGCCUGAUUUCCAAAGUCAGUACAAGAUGAUGGUGCAAGCAGUGCUUGAGAGGGAUACAGACAGAACAUACGGUGGACUUAAAAGGUGCCAUCGACCAAAUGGGAAGAUUUUGUGGCUGUGUGAAAAACAUGAGAAUUCUUCAUUUUACAAAAACAGUGACAAAUAUCAUGAAACUCAACAGCCACAAGAUUCAGAAACUAUUGCAGAUGCAAUGGGUGAAGGAGAUACUGAAGUUGAUAGCACAGACG